AGCGCGGUGCUGAAGGGACAGCGCCCUCAGGCGCCGCCCGCUCCGCCCCGCUGCGCCCCGCCCGGCCCAGGCAGACACCGGGAGCCAGGCGCGGGGAGACCCGGCCUCCGCCCGGCCGCCGCCGCCCUGCCCGGCGUGGCCAACACGGCGGUCUCGUCCUACACCCGCGGCUGCGGCUCCCCGGGCCCCGCGCACUCUCCGCCCGCCAGCUGCGCCGAUGCCGGGCGUUGGGGCGAUCGGAGCGCGGUGCAGGCACCUGCCGCGCAGGAGCCCCAGGAAGAGCCCCAAGGCGGAGCCGAGCCAGGCCGGGGCCGCCAUGGACGCGGCGAUUUGGAUCUACCAGUUCCGGCUGAUCGUGCUGGGCGACUCCACCGUGGGCAAGUCCUGCCUCCUGCAUCGCUUCACCGAGGGCCGCUUCCCGGGGCCGCUGCACUCUGACCCCACCGUGGGGGUGGACUUCUUCUCCCGGCUGGUGGAGAUCGAGCCGGGCAAGAGGGUCAAGCUGCAGCUCUGGGACACGGCAGGGCAGGAGCGAUUCAGAUCAAUAACACGCUCUUACUACCGCAAUUCUGUGGGUGGCUUACUAGUGUUUGACAUCACAAACCGAAGGUCUUUUGAGCACGUGAAAGACUGGCUAGAAGAAGCAAGAAUGCAUGUGCAGCCCUUUCAGAUUGUGUUUCUGCUAGUAGGACAUAAAUGUGACUUGGUGUCACAGCGGGAAGUUACAAGAGAAGAAGCUGAAAAACUGUCAUCUGACUGUGGUAUGAAAUACAUAGAAACUUCAGCAAAAGAUGCCACAAAUGUUGAAGAGUCCUUUACAAUUCUUACACGAGACAUCUAUGAACUUGUGAAAAAGGGAGAAAUCACAAUACAAGAUGGAUGGGAAGGUGUCAAGAGCGGCUUUGUUCCAAAUGUUGUACAUUCAUCAGAAGAAGCCGUGAAGCCCAGAAGACAGUGCAUCUGCUGAAUUUGUAGCAUGCCAAAGAGAACAACUGAGUGUUCAGAAGAUGAUGCCAACCUACAUAACAGAAUAAUCAUUUUGAAGCAGUAUUAGAUCAUGACAUAGCUGAAUCAUAGAACGGUAAUUUGGUUUUGUAUCCUUCUGUCUAGGUCAUAACUUCAUAAAAGUUUAAGUGCUUUUUUUUCUUUUCAGAGUACAACGUUGUGUGGUCUUCAGGAAAAGAAAUCACAUAUUGCUGAAUGAAAAAUUAAUCCUAUAGCAAGACACUGAGAAAGUGCAAUAGUCAUUGGGGCUACAUCCUCUCUCGAGCUUUGUAUUUUGAAUACUGUUUUCAAAUCAGUUCUCAGUGAGGAUCAGAUGAGCUCAUUGCUUUUGUUCAUCUUGCCUUAGUUUUGGACAAGAAAAUAUUACACUUUUUUAAAUGUGAUUCUUUACUCAAGUACAGGGUUGCUAAUGACCAUCACAGUUUAGAAUGCUGUAGAAUUUCAUAAUAAAGAUAACUAAAGAAAGCAAGCUGAAAGAUUGCUCCAAUAGCAGACACUUUUGAUACGACUAUGAAUACAAGCCUUACUAAAGAAAAAGAAUGUUUUGGAAAAGAGGAUUUAUUUGUAUGCAAAAGUGAGUAAUACUAGCAAUGAAGUUUAUAAUGAAAUAUUUUCUGAAUUGCCAAUGAAGCUAAAUGUAACAUCAUGUAUGAUCCAGCUGGUAUUUGACUUGUAUGCAAAAACAGCAUUCUCAACCACUGGAAUUACAUUUUGGUGGCCAGAUUGUCAGCUGGUAACCAUCAUAGCCACACAGAUGCCUAGAGAAUUAUGUUGAUUUACACAAACAAAUUCCAUAUUAGCUUUAAAAAAUUAAUCUACUUCUAACUGGAAGUAAAAGUGCUGCAACCCAUGGGGACCCAGGCCUUAAAUCUGAAUAGAGCAAGGAUUGUUUUAUUCUCUGCCAGCAAAUGUUAAACUACUGUCUGAAGCCUGAAGGUUUUGAAACUAAAGCUGUCAGGAAUUGAGUGGAGAGGAGAGAAUUUCUAGAAUAAUGUUUGGCUACAGAGAGCAUAACUGGAGAACAUCUAUUCUAAGAAAACAACACAUAAUAGCUUUUAAUAACAAUAAUAAUAGGAGAAAUAUGUGAUCAUGUAGCAUUUUACUGAGCUUGAGGUCGUUCCUAUUCCUCUGACUAUAAUACACACUAGCUUUAUGCAAACUAUGCCCUAUGUGUCUAGCACUUAAAUACCAAAUAAGU